UGUUUUCGUCCCUUGGACAUUUCGAUCAGGGAUUAAACUCCAUGCAUGGUACUGAGGGCGGGGAAGUUGGGUUACAGACAGGCGUCACUGCCUCACAGCCUACAGGCAGACAGUAGUUAACGGAAUCAACGUAUGUUGAAGUACUGUUGGGAGCAGGGAUGAUGGCUUCUUUGCCGAAACCCAUUUUCCCCUAUCCACAUGGCUUUGUAAGCCGAAUCAUUCAUUCGAUGCCCGCGAACACAGUACAUCCAGAAAAUUGGACCAGGCAGGUUUCAGCUGUCUGCUGAGAGUGGGGUGGACCCUAGGCCAAAGGAUAAAGACGGGACAUCAGGCCUAUCUGUUUAUUUCCAGCUUCUACAGUGUCUGAAUCCAGAAGAAAUACAAUGGAUCAGAGGCCAGUUCUUCCUCCCCUACAGCAUCCUCCUCCUCCUCCUCCUCCCCCACCUCCCCUGCCAUCUUUCCUAUCAUCAUCUCCCCUCGAUUCCCCGAGAUGUCCCAAACUACGGAAGCUGAACUGGGACCAGAUCCCGAGGGAACGGGUGAUGGGACGCAGGAGCGUGUGGACAGGUUCGGAUGAGUUCCGCAUCGACAUGUCCUCCCUGGAUGAACUCUUUGGACAGAAGAUGAGCUUUCCCAUAGGGAAGGGGAACAGGGUCAGGAUUGGCAACCCCAAGGCCCUCACAACCUCCCAGAACACACCCGUGCGGGUAUCUAUCCUGGAUGGAAAACGCAGCUUGAAUAUUGGGAUAUUUCUGCGACAUUUCAAAAGGUCUGUGCAGGAGAUCAUAGAGGAUGUGAGACAAGGCCGGGGUCAGCGAUAUAGCAGUGAGAAUCUAAAUGAGCUCUGCAAGCUGCUGCCUGACACAGAGGAGGAAAAACGUUUAAGGGCCUUUCAAGGACAUCCCAGUCAGCUGGAGCUGCCAGAUCUGUUCAUGCUACUUCUGACCGAGGUUCCCAGCUUACGACUGCGUCUUGAGGCUAUGAUUCUGAAAGAAGACUUUGAGCCUGCCGUCAGCUCUGUGUGCUUUUCAGCCCAGUGUUUGGUGAAAGCAGCGAAAGAGUUGAUAAACUGUGUUGAGUUGCACUCUAUUCUACGACUGGUUCUCAAAGCUGGAAAUUACAUCAACGCCGGAGGUUAUGCCGGGAAUGCUGCUGGGUUCCAUAUCGUUUCACUUGUCAAGCUGGCUGAGACCAAAACCAACAAACCAGGAAUGAACCUGUUGCACUUCGUAGCCAUGGAAGCCGUAAAGAAAGAUCCAUGCUUACCCUCAUUUCAACACAAGAUCAGCCAUGUUGAAUCAGCUGCCAGACUGUCUCAAGAUGUAGUGACAGAGGAUCUCUCCCAGUUGCAGAAACGGACUGCUGCUCUGCAAGAUGCUGCUCAGGUUGAGGCUGAUUUAAAGCAGCAGCAUGAACUUUUUUUCCAGUGUGCGGAACAGAGGCUGAAGGAGGCUGAGGAAGAAGUGAAAGCUAUGCUCAGUGCCCGGCAAACCCUGUUGGAAUUCUUUUGUGAGGAUGAAGUUACUUUUAAACUUGAGGAGGCCUGCAGCAUUUUCCAUUCCUUCCAACUGCGCUUUCACAGAUCUGUGCAGGAGAACAAGAUGCGCGAACAGCAAGAGGAGAGGCGUGCAGAGCGGGAACUCGCGGAGAUAGUGAGGGCAAAGGCCCAAGCCGGGAAACGGCGCUCCAUCGCCUCCUGCACUGCCCUGGAGGCCCAGUGGGGGGGCAGUGAAACGCAAACGGACGCAAACGAGCUGGCCGCUACCCUGGAGGCGACUCUGAUGAAGGGCCUGUGCCACACCUUCCACCGCCGCGCCCGAGGAGGCGCAAGCUCAGGCUCCCAGCCACGGCCUGCCUUAAGCAGCUUCGCCGAACAGAUCUUAGAGGAGGCCGAGGCAGACUCGCUACAGAAGCCCAAGCAGAAGGCCAAGCAUGGAUCGCCAAUGCUGUCAUCCAGGACGAUGCAGACCACAGCAGCCCAGUCUGCCACAGGCGAACAGAGACCCUCCUCAAGGGGCAAGGCCACACCAGCCUCUUCCCACAUCAGGCCACGGCUUCAGGCCCAAGCGGCUCAGGCCGUGGAAUGUCCGUGCCCCAGAGUAGGGGAGACUCACACUCUGGUGAGAGGCCUGUGCUCCUAUAGGAGCCUGACCCUGCCUCCACCCAGAACACCACCCCUCAGCAGCAGGUGCUCACAGUGGAGGGAGAAGGAGGAGGCACAGGGGGCGAGACCAGCACAGGCACCUGGGAUGGUCCCAGCAGCUGUGAGCGGAACCCAGAGAAGAAGCCUUCCCAGGAGAUGUGGAAUCACCCAGGGUAAUAAGACCACCGGUCAAGCAAGCAUCCAGUCAAGUCCCCUUUGUGCUACUCAGAAGACUGAGCCAGAGGAUAUAGGCAAAAAGGCGAACCCACUGCGCCGUCUCCUGGGGAGGGCAAAACCUGACAGAGAGAAGAGCAAGGAGAGAACGGUCGACAAGAAAGACAAGCAGCGGGAGAAAAAAGAAAAGGAUAAAGAGAGAGAAAAGAAGAACAAGGAGAAGGAGGAGAAGAAAAAUAGCAAAAAAGACAAAAAGGGCAAACCAAAGUGUACGACAGAAGACAAGACGGCGAGAGAAAAGCAGAGCUUGAGCACCAGUGACAUGGUGGCGUCGGGUGGCUCUCCCACGGCCGUGUCCAGACCCCAGGCGACCCCGAUGGCCGUUGCUCAUGGGCACUGCCUACCUCGCAUGCUUCAGAGCUCCAUGUUUAUCACGGCCCGGGCGCUGCGUUCUGCAGUCAUCACGGCUGCUACUGCAGCCAAACGGGACAGCCGCAGCUCAACCCCCACAAAGGACUCGGGAUCCCGCAUUCCCUUGCCUGUGCCUGCCCGGGACAUCUCGCAGACCCGGAAGAUGUGAAACUAAGAGGGUGUGUGCUUCACCAUUUUAUUCUCAUCUGAUUAACAGACUGAACCAGUAAGAAAGAUGUGCUUUGCUGAGGAAAAUGUUGUUUACGUAAAGGUCAGGAGUAUUGUGCCCUUAAACACCAAAAGCUGCCCUCGAACCAUACAAAUCUCAGAUUGAGAACCCUGUCAGAUUCAGACACGUGUCGUUUAGAAAGUUUAAUGCUUUCCUCAUUUUACUUGAGGACUUGGUGAUCAACACUACCUCCCACUGACUUCGAAAUCGUUGACAUGGCCUUGUUUAUUUGUAUGUGUGUGUGCAUGGUGUUCACAAAUUGAAAAUAUUUUUUUUUCUCAAUUUCUAAUUGUAAAAACAAUGCAAGAGUGUUGUUAUUAUGUUAAUUGCAAUGUUUAUUAAAUCAAAAGGACAACAUUUCAGAUGAAAACUAAAAGGUCACGUACAAAAAACAAUAAUCUGGAAUAUAUGUGUGGUGAAAGAUUUACAGUAAUUAACUAUGUAAAUGAGAAGAGACAACAUGUCUUGUUAACUGAGAGUUGAGUGAGUGAGAGAGAGAAAUAUAUGGAACACACUGGGUGUGUUCCCAGCCUUGACUUUGAAGUGAGAGGCGUUGAGCCAUUGAGUUGAGUUUUAUGGAACAGUUACAAAAGAUCAGAAAGUAGUAACACUCAGGAAGUUUGAGAAAGUUUGAGAUGGCGGAAGAGAUAGGGAGGAGAGAGGAAAGCCUGUCAAACUGGGUGGGGAACCUGAUAGAAGGGAAUAAAGAAGGUGGCUGAGAAGUUUGUUGUUGGAAGUGUUGCAUCUUGAUGUACAGUUACAUUUUGCAAAUGAAGACCGUACUGAAGAGAUUGCCUUCAAAAAGCAUAAACUAAAUGUAUUCCUACAAUUAUUUUGACAUAUUUGACCAAAAUGGUUAUUAA